CUAAUCUAAUAUGUACUUAUCAUUUCUGUGGUUUUUUUUUUCUUUUUAGGAAAAUAUUUAUGACCUGAUCUAAUUUGAACUUAAAGUUUAUGAAACAAGUUAAAAAAAAAUGAAUUAAAGUUACUUCAUACUUGUAUUUUUUUAUAUCAUACUUGUAUUUUUUUAUAAUUUUAUUUUUUUAUUUUUUUUGUUUGCAGAAAAUACUUGUUAACUUGUACUAUCAUGUUCAUAAUGACUUUAUUUGAAAAAAAAAAAAGUAAAACGGUGUCGCAUUACUGGGAGUGAGUAGACCCAAGGUGUGAGGUGUGACCUCGAUAAUCGCUCCAGCCAUAAUCAAAGAGAGGGGUUUUAGGAGAGAGAAAAUUGAACCAAAAAAAUAAAAAGCAAAAAAGCUUUAAAAUCGUGAGAAGUGUUAUGAUUAUGAAUUGGUCCGACCAAUUUGUUGCUUAAGAUUUCCUCUUCUCACUCUCUCUUCCUCUCUCUCUCCUACACAAUUUCUAAGAUCUCUCUUUAUGAACUUGAGCUUAAUUAAUGACAUUUCCCAUAAACCCAGAAAUUUUUAAUUAUAAAUCGUAUUAUAAUUGACAGAAAUCUGAGCUUUCUUUGAGAUGCGCGGUGCUUUUUCACCGCUUUUCUCUCUCCUCUUCAUUCAUCAUCUUCUUCAACAACAAUGGCUGAUGAUUCUCUUCUUUCUUUCAAGGAGAUUUUGGUGCACAGAAAGUCUCCACUGCUGUUGAGGUUGAUUGUAUUAGUGUUUGCUAUGGUAUGUGGAAUCUACAUUUGUUUUGUCUGUCUCAAGCAGUUUAGUGUUAGUACGAUUACUACCACCGGGUUUUUAAACGUUCAAGUGAGUGAUCGGCCGUGUCCUAGGCCUGAUCUUGAAGAUUGGGAGGUUCCUUAUGUGCAUUACCCUAAACCUGUUACUUAUAGCAGGGCGGAAUGUGCAUGCCAUCCGGUCCGGUACUUUGCUAUAUUGUCAACUCAAAGAUCAGGUAGUGGUUGGUUUGAGACCUUGCUGAAUAGUCACAUGAAUGUGAGCUCAAAUGGGGAGAUAUUCUCUGUAAAAGUUCGGAGAGCUAAUGCUUCGACUAUUGUGGAGACUCUUGACAAACUUUACAACUUGGAUUGGUUUAGUAGUGCUUCUAAGAAUGAGUGUACUGCUGCAGUUGGCUUGAAAUGGAUGCUAAAUCAAGGAUUAAUGCAGCAUCAUGAAGAUAUAGUUGAUUAUUUCACCAAAAAAGGUGUUUCUGUAAUUUUUCUCUUCAGAAGAAAUCUCUUGCGGCGAAUGGUAUCAAUUCUUGCAAAUACAUAUGACCGUGAUUUUAAGCUGUUAAAUGGGACACAUAAAUCCCAUGUCCACUCUCCCCAUGAGGCUGAGAUACUUGCAAGCUACAAACCUUACGUAAAUGCCACAACUUUGAUACCAGAGCUUAAGAAAGUCCAACAGAUGGCAGCCAAAGCGUUAGAGUACUUUAAUAGCACCAGACACACAUUGCUCUACUAUGAGGAUGUAGUGAAUAACCGCACUAAAUUAUUAGACGUUCAGGACUUUCUAAGGGUCCCUAGAACUAAUCUAACUAGUAGACAAGUGAAGAUACACAAGGGAUCCUUGUCAGAACAGGUCGCGAACUGGGAUGAUGUUCAAAGGACUCUUAACGGGACCGAGUUUGAAGGGUUCCUACAUGCUGAUUAUAGAUUGUAGACUUCUGCAUUUACAAAUGUAUAUAGCUUCAGUUUUUAAUCUCAUUUCUUCCCCUUCAUAGUUCAUUGCAAUGUCGGCAUGGGGGGCGACAAUUUUGGUAGCAGAAAAUUUGGUCAUCAGAAAUUUGCAGCUGCUUGACUCUAAUUUAAUGAUUCAUUUAUUCUUUUCUCUUGGUAGAUCCACUUUAAUGGAACACAAGUUUUGGCAUUC